AUGAGCAAACCAACGAUCGUUUUCGUUCACGGCGCAUGGCAUACGCCUGCUCACUUUGAGCCACUGAGCAAAGUGCUUCAAUCUCACGGCUACUCUACCCGCAUAGUCGCACUGCCGUCUGUUGUGCCCACUGGAGAGGCACCACCAGAGGACAUUCGGUCCGAUAUCUUCGCUGUGAAAGAGGUCCUGGACGAUGUGUUGGCGGGAGGUGCCAACGCCCUCCUUGUGCCUCAUAGUUACGGCGGCAUACCAACCACCUCCGCCGUGAAAGGACUCGACGCCCAGACACGAAGCGCUGAUGGUCAUGAAAGCCACGUCGUGGGCCUGGCGCCGAUAGCUGCUUUCAUACCUCGACAGGGCGAAGCUCUGGGUCCAUGCGUUGACCUUCCUAAGGGCGACCAUGGAAAGUAUCCGGGCGACGAUAAGACGUGCUACAUCCCAAAGGAAAAGGUGCAUGACCAGAUGUUCAACGGAAUGUCGGAGGAAGACUCUCAACGGUGGCGAGACAAGCUCAAAAGUCAAGGACGAAACGCCAUGUUUCUUCUGGAAUCAGAAUACACGGCUUCCAAAGAUUUUCCGGUACACUGGCUGUUCUGCAGCAAUGAUCAUGCCUGUAUGCCGGACUGGCAACGGCUGAACAUCAAGAAGAUGCGGGAGGACGGGGCGAAUGUCAGAGUGGAGGAGAUAAAUGCAGAUCAUUCACCUUACCUGUCGGCGAUAGAGCGAACGAGCGACUUCAUUCGGCGAAGCGCGGGGGAGAGCAUAUCUCUCUGA